AUGGCAGACUUAUUGCGCCCUUCGAGAACCCUGGCCGGGCGAACUGCCAUCGUCACUGGCGCAGGAGCCCUGGCAGGCGGGAUUGGCAACGGCCGCGCAGCAGCAAUCUUAUUGGCAGAAGCAGGGUGUUCAGUAACUUGCGUCGAUCUCCAGCUCGAGCGUGCAGAGGAGACGGCCGAGAUGAUCUCCAAGGAGGGCCACGGCAAGGCUCUUGCGGUCGCAGGUGAUGUCACCAGCGGCGAGGAUUGCAAACGUAUCGUUGACAAGACCAUUGCGUCCUUCGGCCGUCUCGACAUUCUGGUGAACAACGUCGGGGUUAUGGGUCCGAAGGGGGACUCGACGCAGGUCGACAUCGCUGCCUUUAUGAAGGCAAUGGAGGUCAAUGUAGGAUCCAUGGUCCAGAUGGCCAAGUACUGCAUCCCCCAGAUGGUGAAGAAUGACGGGCAGUGGGCCGGCAGCAUCGUUAACAUGGGAAGCGUCGCCGGGCUGCGCGGUGGAACGCCAAACGUUCUGUAUCCCACGAGCAAGGGUGCGGUUGUCAACCUGACCAGAGCCAUGGCUGCCAAUCACGCUGCAGACAGGAUUCGAGUCAACUGUGUCUGUCCCGGCAUGGUGUAUACUCCUAUGGUUUUCGGGGACACUGGAAUGGAGGAAGAAGAAAGGGAGGUUCGAAAAGCUCGCAGCCUACUUGGUACCGAGGGGAAUGGUUGGGAUGUCGGUGCGGCCAUCAGGUUUCUCGCUGGUGAUGAAUCACGAUGGAUGACGGGCGUGAUUCUCCCAGUUGAUGCGGGAGCGACAUGUGCGACUGGCAUUGGUAUCAAGGGUCUGCAUAAAUCAAAGCUUUAUAAUUAA